AUGUCAAGCUCAACGGCGAGGAACAGUGAUAGUGAUAGUGGAUUAGCGAAAGAAGGUUCUGCAAAAACUUGGCGGGAGCGGCUGCAUGGUUUACUUCUCUGGACGCAGAUUGAGAUGCUCUUGCUGCAACGUAGCGUUAAUAUAAUCUCAACUGUUUUAUCAAAGCGUUUCAAGCCCAUAAGACCUACAGCGUGCGAGCACUGUCAUAACUUCAAUCAUCGGGUUAGUCAAACACGUACAAGACUUCGUCACAGAGAACAAGAUGGUGGAACGGUGCUUUCUACUACGCUUCAACAUCCAGACACAGAUAGGACGGACUUAGUGUUACGCGUUAGACACGUUGACCAGACCUCUGUUCAGUUGACCGUUAUGUUACGAUGGUUGGCCUCAUUCCUCAAACCGUUUGCGUGUCCUUACGAGGUCAGAAUCAAGUCAUUGUUAGUGGUAAGAAGUCUAGAUGCACCUGCAAUCCCCACUGAGGACCACCGAAUUCUGGGUCAAUGCUGUGAAAACAGCGAACGGAUGGGCAGUCGGAGGGGAUUCAUGAAGACAAUUAUGGGCAAGGCGAAGUACGUUACGAACUUUGGCGAGGAGAAUAUCGGGGACCCGCCAGGCAAGGAGAUCAUGGAGAUGACAGGAAGCAGUCACGAUCUUGGCAAGGAGGAUACCACUACGCAGACCCAUGUGGGGUUAAGCAUUGCAGCGUACAUCACCACGUCGACUACCUGCUCUGCUGCGACCCAUAACCGACAAAUCCAGCAUUACCGAGAGCGUAAAGUCUUCCGGACAGCAUUCCAGAAGGCCGGGAGAUCCCAUAGAUGUCAGCCGUUCGAAGUAAAAACUAUCAGUUCAUUGCGUAACGCGCAAUCAUCGCAUCGUAUGCAUGAAACCUCCACUGUCCAGGAGUAUCAGGAUACCUUGUUUUAA